UAACUGGGUGUUGUAGUCUCGCCGCCCUUCGGGCUGGUCCAACAACCCGCAGGAUGUCGGAGGUGCGGCUGCCACCGCUGCGCGCCCUAGACGACUUUGUCCUGGGGUCUGCGCGUCUGGCGGCUCCUGAUCCAGGCGAUCCACAACGAUGGUGUCACCGCGUCAUCAACAACCUCCUCUACUACCAAACCAAUUACCUUCUCUGCUUUGGCAUCAGUCUUGCGCUGGCCGGGUACAUUCGUCCGCUGCACACCCUCCUGAGCGCACUGGUAGUGGUGGUGGCUCUCGGGGUGCUGGUGUGGGCUGCUGAAACCCGUGCAGCUGUGCGCCGCUGCCGUCGCAGCCACCCUGCUGCCUGCCUGGCUGCAGUACUUGCCAUUAGCCUCUUCAUUCUCUGGGCCGUGGGUGGCGCCUUCACCUUCCUGCUCUGCAUCACAGCGCCUGUGCUUUUGAUCCUGCUGCAUGCUUCACUGCGCCUGAGAAACCUUAAAAACAAGAUUGAGAACAAGAUCGAGAGCAUCGGUCUAAAGCGGACACCAAUGGGAUUGCUUCUAGAGGCACUGGGACAGGAGCAGGAAGCUGGAUCCUAGGCCCUUGGCAUCUACUCCCUGGAUGUAGAGGACCCCCACCCCAUACCCAAGACCAACCCUUUUCCUAGCCAUUAAAAUAGGUGCCUAGAGUCCUCUGGCCUAGCCAAAAAGAGACACCUGUGAUUGAUCACUGCAGCCCCAAACUAGUCAUCUCUUAGCCUCCAGCCCCUGUUACCUAGGGACCAAAGUCUUCCUUGGUCCUGAAUUUGAGACUCAGUCACCUACUUCCAGCCUUGAAACUGGAUUUUUAAGCCAGAGCAUCUGUGGCCAAUCUCAAAACUGGACCCCAAGAUACUCCUCUUACCCAAAUGUGGGACUCACUAGUCUUCCAUACUUCAAUGCUAGGCCCUAAGGCAGGACAUUCUCAAAUCUUGAGCUCUAAAGAUUUUUCAGACCCCACAUAGCUUGGAAGUUAAAAGACCUGGCCAAAUCUUGAGCCUAAUGAGUCCAAGUGUCCUCAGCCCUGACCACACUGAGCCCUUAAACUCAGAUGACCCUAGCCCUCAGCAGUCCCAAUAGCCCCCCUCCAACCGUUAAGAGGUUCUCUUCCUCCCUCACAAUGUUCUCAGUAUCAAGGACCGACAUGUGGGGCUGGGUAGGGAUAGCCCCAACUGGGAAAGGGGCUCAUAUAAUAGUGUUGCUACAACAGUAAAGCCUUUGAAUCUCAAGCUA